AUGCCAAGAAAUGAACCACUUCAACCGCAACUCUCGGUUUCCUUACAACCCAGCAGUUUUUCUGAAUGUGGAAUUACUGUGCAACAAGGGCUAGGGGGUGUCUAUUUUGGGGUUUCACGUAGAAGUGUGUGUGUUUUUCUUCACAGUAGAAGGGAAUGCCGUCCCAAUGUGAGCGUGAGCUUUCACCUUGUGCACAGUCGCCCAGUUCCUCAGCUCUCUGCUUGCUCUGUGCUUCAGAUCAGUUUCUACGAAGACAAACAUUUUCAAGGCCGCCGCUAUGACUGCGAGUGUGACUGCGCCGACUUCUACUCCUACCUAAGUCGCUGCAACUCCAUCCGAGUGGAAGGAGGCACGUGGGCUGUGUAUGAGAGGCCCAACUUCGCUGGGCACAUGUACAUCCUGCCUCAGGGCGAGUAUCCUGAGUACCAGCGCUGGAUGGGCCUCAACGACCGCCUGGGCUCUUGCAGAGCUAUUCACUUGGCAAGUGGAGGUCAGUAUAAGAUUCAGCUCUUUGAAAAGGGCGACUUCAAUGGCCAGAUGCAUGAAACCACAGAAGACUGCCCUUCCACCAUGGAGCAGUUUCGGAUGCGAGAGGUCCACUCCUGUAAGGUUCUAGAAGGCACCUGGAUUUUCUAUGAGCUACCCAACUACCGUGGCAGGCAGUAUCUUCUGGACAAGAAGGAAUACCGGAAGCCCAUCGAUUGGGGUGCAACCUCUCCUGCCGUCCAGUCACUCCGCCGCAUCACAGAGUGACGGCAUGAACGGGGUCACAGAGUCCUCCCUGAGGGCUGCAGGCUGGCUGGCUCGUGUCCAAAUAGGCAUCAUAAAUAAAAGAAUUGGAAUGCA